AUGGCGUCUCCUCAAGCCGACGUCUCACAACCUUUCCAGGCUCAACCUCAACCUGAACUUCACCAAAAUGACCGUCCCUUGGCCGAAUUAAUAGCUAUUGCAACAAGAUCGGUGCACGCAAAGCUUAACAAGCUCAUUAUCGCCCGGCUACCGCUUGCGCUACCCCCUCUUGCUACCGAUUCAUCUGCCUACAUUUCUGGACUGCUGUACAUUACACCUAUAUACAUCACUUUCGAGACAUUAUGGCGCGACAUCCUCGAGUCAGGUUUACCUGCUGAUCUGCCUGGAAGUGCAGCUGAUACAUAUAAUGAUGACACCAGUAUACACAGUUCAGGAGACGCUGGAUUGCCAACUUCAGAUGUUCACGAGCUGUCCGACUGCAGUAGAGUGCAAUCGCUACUUCAGGAGCUUUAUCUUCCUGGAUUAAUGCGUUCAGAUCGCCUCAAAGCGGAUAUUGCCAAUUUGGCGGGGUGGUCUAGCAGUACUGUUGAGGAGCAGCUGCGUCUUGCCGAAGAGAAUGGUCGACUGAAGGAUUUUGUUCAACACAUCAAACGAUCGGUCCAAAAUCGACCCCAUGUGUUGUUGGCUUAUUCCUACAUCUUAUUUAUGGCACUCUUUGCUGGUGGUCGCUUCAUUAGAGCUACACUAGAAUCGGCUGGAGACGAAUUUUGGGAUCGUUUACCCUCACCAGUACAACCAAGUUGUCUUCCUUGCGAGGAGAGGCCCCGGCCAACUAAGCGGGCCAGUGGUCUGUCAGACGAAGAGAUCCCGAUAGAUGAUUUUCACUGUCAUGCAACUCACACGAUGCCCCUCAGGUUUUUCCACUUCCAAACUCCUGAGGAUGGAGAAGAUUUGAAACGCGAAUUUAAGCGACGACUCGCUAGCAUUGAGGGGUCAUUGACAGCAAGUGAGAAGCACGACGUUGUUCAAGAGUCGAUUUGCAUUUUUGAUAGCAUGACACUCUUGGUUCAACAACUCGACAAGGUCUGCGAUAAUCCAGCGCGCAAGGAUAGUGGCAGUACGACAUCAUCACUCCUUAACUUGGUCGAUCAUUUUCAUCCAUUCCGUUCCCGUCUCAGGGAUAGCGUUUCUAUCGCCAAAGACCGAAUCCAGCGAUCUUCAAGAUUGCCAUCAAAGGGCACUAAGUUAGCCUGGAAAAUCUGGAAUAACGGUGCAGCUCCAUCGCCUGUGGAGCCAGAGAGUGGAAUCAAAGUCCCGAUGGGCCAUCCUGGUAUCUCCGGGGAUGAUGCAUCUAUAGAACUUUGUCCGGCCUUUUCCAAGUCUAUCAGCUUUGACAAGACCUUACCACGACCGAUGCAUCUCCCAGACAAGACGACUGGAGCCGAACACGAGUUGAAUAAGUGUCUUCGAGUUGCCUCCAAGAGAUUUGAUAGCAUCAGCUUCAUCAACUGGUUGAUAAUAUUGACUGUUGCCGUCAUUGUUCUUGGGGCUUUUUGCUCUAGCCGACACGGUUGCGAAGUAAUGGCAGUAGAAGUAUGA